AUGGAGCUGAAGAGAGGAAAGACAUUCAUCAAAUCUAGCCUGCAGAUUGACCAUGAGAAACCCCCAGAUCCAGCAGCCACUGCCCCGGCCACGGAGGAUGCAGUCUCACCAGGAGGGCAGCAGCGACCCCACAGUGAGAGGGGCCCCCAGGUCAGUCCCAGCACCCAAGGAUAUGACAGGUGCUCCGACAAGGGGGCCCAGCCAGACGCCAAUGGGGGGCCUGCAGCUCUCUGUGGGACCACCUUCAAACUGGUGCAGAAGAGCAAGACUCAAGACACUGCGCCCAGGGCUGACAGGGCAGCCGCAGCUACAGGGCAGCUGGUGGGCAGCGCAAGCUUCCCAGGGCCCCCCAGGAGCCAGCGCAUGAUUGACUACCGCCACUUUGUGCCCCAGAUGCCCUUUGUACCAGCUGUGGCCAAGAGCAUCCCAAGGAAGAGAAUUUCCCUGAAACGACCCAAGAAAUGUUUUCGGAAUCUAUUCCACAUCCGCAGAAACAAAACUGAGAAUUUGGCCUCACUGGCAACCAAGGGGAAGAGCUUGUCCUCCCCUGAAGGCCCAUCAGAGGCUGGAGGGCAGCAAGGCACAGCUUGCUUCCCCUUGGGCGAGGGGCUGGGACUGGACAGCCUGUGCCAGGACCUGUCUGACAGUGAGUUCCUACCCGACUCCUCCUUUGACCUCUGCAGGGCCCUGUGUGAGGAUGUGGCCUCGCUCAAGAGCUUUGACUCACUCACCGGCUGCGGGGAGAUCUUUGCGGACGAGAGCUCAGUGCCAUCCCUGGAGCUGCAUGAGGGCCUGGAGAGCCCUGCCCGGGCAUCCCAGGCCCCUGACUGCAUGGCUUCCAGGGGCCCCUUCCAGGGCAGCGUAGAGCAGCUGGCAUCGCCUGCCCAGAACGAGAUGUCUGACUUUGACAAGUUCUGGGACCGUGUGAAUCACUCGGUGAGGCAGCAACAGCGCACCCUGCUAGGUCCGUGGCUGGGGGGCCCCCGGGGGUCAGACACAGACAAGCCCAGGCCAGAUGCAGCUGGGCUUGCUGAGCUCCCCCUGUGCCCAUGCAGGGACCCCCACGGCGGCUCCAAAGCCAGCUCCAUAGACACGGGCACGCCCAAGAGCGAGCGGCCAGAAUCUGUGUCCACGAGCGACGAGGGCUACUAUGACUCCUUCUCACCAGGCCUCGAGGAGGACAAGAAGGAGGCCCCGAGCCCAGGCACACCCGCAGCCGCCUUCCCCAGGGACAGCUACAGCGGAGACGCCCUCUACGAGCUCUUCUCUGAGCCCACCGAGGGCCCUGGGAGCCCGAACCUGGACGACGACCUGUGCGUGUCUGAAGGUCUGUCGGGGCCGCCACUGGGGGCCGCGCUGUCCAUGUGCAGCUUCCACGUGGGGGCAGAAGAGAGCCUGGCCGCCGCGCCAGGCCCAGACCUGCUCAGCCAGAGCUUCCUGCAGAGCUCCUGGAGGGGCAAGGAGUGCCUGCUGAAGCUCUGCGACACCGAGCUUGCCAUCACCAUGGGCAUUAUCAGCUGGCUCCGCCGGAGCCCAGAGCUCCGCGUCCCGCCUGCCUCGGCCCCCAGGGAGCCUGCAACGCCCCCGGGAGGACUGGUGGAGAAACCAGGAGCUGGCUCUGAGAAGGUGUGCCUAGGUCCAGUGAAGCUGGAGGGCGGGGGGACCCGGGCCUUAGAUGCGGGGAGGACCUCCGUGAGCUCAGCACCCAGCAGGCGGGAGCUGUGGGCAUGUUCGGGCCCCAAGGGCCCGCUUGCUGGAGUGAGUGAGGUCCUAGCGGGGACCAAGCAGGGGACCAGCUCUCCAUCCAGGGACCCCUCUCUGGAGUGUGUGCAGGUCUCUGGGGAAGAAGGGACACAAGGCCACCCUGAAGGCUCCUUCUCCUCUGUGGGGUCUGCAGCCCCCAUGGCAACCAACACAUCCAGCAAAAACAAGGUCCCAAACCCCUCUGCCUGGCCUGGCUCCCAGGAGCCCAGUUUUCCUGGGAACCUGGGGUGUUUCCAAGGUCCCUGGAGGCCAGGUCUUGGGGGAAGCACCGUGGAUUUAGAGCUCACUCUGACAGGCUGUGUGGCCCAGGUGGCAGCCCUACAGAUCCACCCAGACUGUCAGCCCCCAAGGCAGAACACAGGUAGCGGGCUCUGCGGGCAGCCUCAGGCCAGGGGCCCUGACAUUCUGCAACAGAAACAGCCUAACAGCUUCCCUAGCAUGGCUGCCAUAUGUGGCCUGCCCUCCCUGGCCAGCCCACUCCACAGCCCACAGGACCAGAGGUGCCCAGGCCGCAUUCUGGACCUGAGCCAGAUCAGGGUGGAGCCCGCCAGGCUGGAUGCCCAGGCCCAUGCCUCUGUGGAGGACCAGCCUCUGCAGCUCAGCUCGAGGGCUAUAGAGCAGGCUGCACACAGGAGCCAGCUGGACUCAUAG